AUGACACCAGAAGGGUAUACACGCGUUUAUGUCGGCGGAUUAAACGAAAGCAUUAAAAAGGAAGACCUCCAGACAGAAUUCGAAAAGUACGGCAAGCUAAACAAAGUUUGGGUUGCAUUUAACCCGCCAGGUUUUGCAUUUAUUGAAUUUUUAAAUAUGAACGAGGCAGAACUUGCUUGCAGCAGUAUGAAUGGCACAGAGAUUAUGGGUGCUAAAUUAAGGGUGGAAAUUUCACGGGGUAGAGGUCGUGGUGGAAAUAGGGCUGGUAUGGGAGGAUUCAGAGGUGGUCGAGGUGGUGCAGCUAGGGGCUAUGGGUCUGCCGCUUCCAUGGCGUUUAAUUAUAGAGGAAAUAAUAUGUAUGCAGAUUAUGGAGGUUAUUAUGCAGGCAAGGGUGGUGGAAGUAGAAGUAGAGACUACUACGGAGAAGAUUAUAUGACUAAUCGUGCCAGUGGGUAUGUUACGCGAGAUGGAUAUACACAAGAUGUCUAUAAUAGUGGAGAUCCAAAUGCUGAUUAUUAUACCAACAAAGGCACUGUCAUCGUCAUCUUCGUGAAUGCACAUAAAAGAUCUACACUGCAUUGCCAAUCUGAACAACGGGCCAAUCAGCUGCCCAUCCUGAUGACUACAUUUCUAUCCAAUCUACGCAGCGACCUGUAUAUAGACAAGAACUACCAUUGCAGAUCAAGUUGUGCAAUACCAUUUGUAUAGUUUACUUUAGUUCUACAGUUUGUAAUCGUUUUCAGAAACAUUACCCAUUAUUCACAAACAAAAGCGUUACUGCAAACUUUAUAUAACAUGAAAAUGAAUCAUGAACGAAAUUUGAAUCAAGCUAUAAUGAAUCGUAGUCUAAACUAUUUAUAUACUCAAUUUUUAUUUUAUUUAAAUCUGGGGUAUUACUGUAUUUUAUAGUUUUGAAUAAGUAACUUUUUUUACGUAUAUAUUAUUUUUCUUUUUUUUUUGUGUACUUUUUUAAGUUUCUUACUACAUAGGAACUGAAUAAAAUAUAUUUAAAAACAGUUUAACAUACAUUAUAAAAAGAUAAGAUUUUUCAUAACUGAUAUCUUUGUUUUUUCUUAUUAACAUUUAAUCGUUUAUAAUUUUUUAUCAUCUAUUAUAGAUGGAUAGUAUUAUUUAA